AUCGCACCCACGUCCGCGCAUUGUCGCCAAUUCUCUCCGAGCCCCAUGAGCAGUUAUUCACCCGGAAUACCGACCUCUUUUGAUCCUACGUUUCUUAAUUCUGAACUCGAAUUCCUCCAAGACGCGCCUCCAUCGCUCUCCCACUCCGACGAAAUCGACGCAUUGCAGCAGUGUAUUGAAGAAGACAAGACCCGAAAGACUGCGGGAGGAGUAGUCAUUCAGCAUCGAGUCUGGAAUACGGUAGACGCGUUCAGAAGCGAGGAGGACUACGCAAUUGACACUCCACUUAAGCACCACAAGCAUUCUCCAGUCAAGCGCUUCCCUACCGGAUCCUCUGCCGACGGGCGGAUCCCUUCAUCACCUCCGAUCCUCGCCAUGCCGCUCAUUUCGUCGCCCAUAGCCUAUCCUCCGAGCUCAGCGCCCAAACCCUCGUCACCGAAGAAGAGAAAGAGAUCGGACGCGGAGCGGACCCCACUAAAGGAUGUACCGAACAAUCAGGCGACGAGGAGAGUGGGAGGUUUCUUGGACGAGUCGGAUGACGAGGAUGAGAUCGCGGCGUUGAAAGAGCACGCGCUCAAGCGGAGGGUCAUCAACAGCAUCAAGGACCUUCCCGUGGUUCCGGAUGCCCUCACGGACUAUACACCACCCGCGAGCCAGGAAGACAUUCUGGACCCAGAGACGGUACCUGUGGCGGACCUAGACAAGUACUUCAAGACGCCCUCGCCCGUCAAGCAGCCUGCCGCAAAACCCGUAACAGCGCCAGAGGAGCCUACGUCAGCUCAGCCAUAUACGGGAAAGGUAGUCAGGACAGCAUCGGGGAAGCCAUUCUACAUCCCGAAAAAAAUAACCCGCGAGUCCGUUUCAUACGAGCAGCUCAUCGCAUCGCGCUCGGGGGGAGUUGAGGGGCGGGCGAGAAAGAGCUAUUAUGGCAUCAAUAUCCACAGGCUCAUAGACGAGGCGAAAGCGGCCGAGGCAGAGAAGCCCACACAGCGAGAGCAAGCCUGCCGCGACGCAUUGGAGCAGUCAAUCGAGCAACCGGUAGCUAGCAAAUCCGGAAAGAGCAGUCACACCUUGAUGUGGACGGAGAAGUACCGCGCGAAGAAAUUCACAGAUUUGGUUGGCGACGAGAGAACGCACCGUUCGGUGCUACGAUGGCUCAAAGGAUGGGACGUGAUCGUCUUUCCCGGGUCUAGCAAAGGCAAGGCAAAGGGCGCGAAGAAGGGCUUUGAGGAUGAAGAACAGAGGCAUCGCAAAGUCCUGCUUCUGACCGGACCUCCUGGUCUCGGGAAGACCACUCUUGCCCACGUGUGCGCUCGACAAGCUGGCUACGAAGUCCAAGAAAUCAAUGCCUCCGACGAGCGCAGCAAGGACGUGGUCAAAGGCCGUAUCCGCGACAUGGUGGGCACGGAGAAUGUGCGAGGCGUAAACACAAAUACAGCUAAUGGAAAAGUUCGGAAAGCUGGCAAACCCGUCUGUGUCGUCGUCGACGAGGUAGAUGGUGUUGUGGGGGGAAGUGGAGGAGGUGGAGAGGGCGGCUUCAUCAAGGCCCUGAUCGAUCUGAUAAAUCUGGAUGAGAAAAACUCUCGAAGCGUCCCGCAACAGUCUGCAACGGGGCCGAAGAGGAAGAAGGGCGACCGAUUCCGCAUGCUCCGACCACUCAUCCUCAUCUGCAACGAUGUGUAUCAUCCUUCUCUACGCCCACUCCGACAGUCAUCGCUCGCCGAGAUUAUCCACAUCCGCAAACCAGCGCUCAAUAUGGUGGUUACACGCAUGCAAGACAUCUUCGUCAAGGAGGGCAUCCAGUGUGACAUUGACGGCGUCCGCCGACUGUGUGAGGCCACUUGGGGCGUUAGCACGAAGAAAGAGGGAGGCACCGGCAGUGGUACGGGUGAAGGGGACAUUCGGGGUGUCAUGGUUGUCGGCGAGUGGGUCGCCGGGCGCUUCAAGAGCUCCAUUGACUCGAAAGCAAAGGAGGCACCACGAUUGACACGGCGAUGGAUCGAGGAGAAUGUCCUGACCGACCUCAAUCAUGGAGGCGGGGCUGCUCGCAGCUUGGGCCGUGGAGGCGCAAAAGACGUGGUGGAUCGUGUCUUCCGUGAGGGCGCAGGAUUUCCCAAACAGGCUGAGACCACGAGUAUGCAGACAGCCAUAGCACGAGGGAAGCAGGGUGCGAUUGGAGUCGCUGAAGCUGCCAAGCGAAGAGCAAUGGAGCGGCUGCGAGCAAUGAUAGAUACAAGCGGCGAUUCCGAUCGCAUCGUAACAGACUGCUUUACGGCAUACCCCGAAAAGCCCUUCCAAGACGACACACUCCUUAGCAAACCCUGCGCCGCCCACGACUGGCUACACUUCCACGACACCAUCUCAUCCGCCGUGCACGGCUCCCAGGAAUGGGAACUUGCACCCUACCUCUCGCAGUCCGUGCUCGCCUUCCACAACCUUUUCGCCUCCCCGCGUCAACAGAGUUCUAACCCAGUCGCGGAUCCCGAUGCAGAGACAUCCGUGUUCUCUGGCCCAAGCGCAGGAUACAUGGCCGCUGAGGCGCACAAGGCCAACCGCGCUCAGCUGAUGGCGCUCCAGUGUACGCUUAGUCUGUCUCUCACGCGCCUGUUCCGCUCGCCGGAGGAGCUCACGAUCGAGUUCAUCCCGUAUGUCCUCCGGAUGCUGUCGCCCGACGUUAAACCUGUCAUCGUCAACACGGGCGCAACAGGGUCGAAGUCUGCAGCCACCGCUUCUGUUCGUAAAGCAUCCGAGAAGGCGCUGGUGAAGAAGGCUGUAGACGCUAUGGCAGCUACUGGGGUCAGAUUCGAGAAGAGCCGCGUGGAAAUGGACGAUUUUGCGAAUCGCAGUGGAGGCUGGGUAUUACGCAUGGAGCCUCCGCUCGAAUCACUCGCCACGUUCGAAACCCUAGCAGGCAAGCGAGACGACAAGGUGCGCUACGCCGUCCGCAGCGUCCUGGAAACCGAGUGGAAGAAAGAGAGCGCCAGAAUAGAAGCCGAGGCCCGCAAACGCCGAGGUGGUCAGGUGGAUGAAGAGGUUGUCGAAGAAGCCAAGAAAGUUAACGGAGAGAAAGCAGCUGAAGUGAUCGGAAAGGCUGUGAAAAGAGACUUCUUUGGUCGUAUCGUCGAGAACCAGCCUACUACGCAAAGGGAGAAGAAGAAGGCUGAGGAGGACGCCAAGGGUAGUGAUGUGGGUAGGAUUUGGGUGACCUUCCAUGAGGGCUUUUCGAAUGCUGUGAGGAAGCCAGUUACGCUGGAUGAGUUUAUGCGGGGCUUGUAGGGGUUAUCAGUAGUGUAG